CAUAAAUAUCAUAACGAAUGAUUAAUUUAUGGAUUAGCUGAAAGAAAACAAAACAAAAUGGAUUUUGACAAUUCCACUGACACAACUAUAGAGAUACACAUGUUCGGUGAAGAUUCGACCAGACUAGACUUUCUGGGAAUAAUUGUAUUGGGCGUUUUCAUCGUUGGGGUGCUAUUCUGUUACUGGCAACGAGGCCAUCUGGACAACAUAUGGAGGUGUAAUCGGUAUUGUGUCGGGACAUUUCGUGACGACCAUGGCUCUGGUUCAAUCUGCCAUGAAGAGUGUAUGACUCGGGUCUGCUGCUGUCUCCAUGGUGACCGUCAAUGGGACCGCGAACUGACAAACUUGGAGUCUGAGAAUAAUCAGUCGGCGGGUUUCGACAUCCCAAAGAUACGUAUCACUGAUACAGAUGGGAACAGUGUAUUCUUCGACAGUGAUAGUGUAAAUACACAAAUAAAGACACGGCGUAGUACCAAGUAUUACCAAGAGAGACAGUUUUAUAGGGCACGACGGUUUCCGGAAAAACUCCCAGAAGGCCAGUAAAGCCGAAUAUCUAAGACCUUAUUUCAUAGCGGCUAUAGUCAUGGCAACAUAAAUCCAGACAUUGAAGCGAAAUUAUUGUGAUAUCCCGUUAACGACAUUUUGUAGUCGAUUACUAUCCU